AGAAGACCUCGCACAGCAAACAAUCGGCCUCGCAACCACAAUGUCGUCCGACAAGGAAAUCGGCGCGCCGUUUACUCUGGCCUCGCUGUCAAAGCCCGUGAGCUCCACGCACGGCCGCAUCCACGCAACUGGCGUUUGCAGCCUCAGCGGCAUCAAGAAGAGGAAGCGCACAGAAAUUGUUGUUGGCGUGGAGGGCGAAUGUAUCAGCAUCUACAGCCUGCAAAACCCACAGCUCGUCACUUCAUAUGCGCUCCCGCCCAGCGCAUCUUUCACAGCCGCCCCAUAUUCGACAUACCGCAAGGGCUCGUCCAAGACACCCGCUCACCGCUUCACCUACGCCUCUGUUAUCGAGUCCACUGCGGGCGCAAAGUCACAGCUCGUCUGCUUCCACGAGACCAUCCUCGGCGACAAUGCAGAGACUGCGAAGACCUCGUACACGCCCUCGAAUGGCUCGCGCGUCUCCACCAUCGAGUCGCUUCCUGUCGCAGGUAGCGGUUCGAGCAAGGGUUCGGUUCAUGACGUGCUUGCGACAUUUGAGAACGGGGACGUCAUCUGCUUGUCUGCAGAUUUGUCAACCGUCCGCUGGAUCGCGAACUUGAAGGCAGCGGGUUCGCAGAAGAGCGAGGAUUUCAAGAUUGAAAAUGUCACCCUUUCGACUGCCCGUAACGUGACAAGAGGCCUACUGCGUAGUAGAGAGGAUAUCGCAGCUUUGCUGAGCUCCGAAUCAAACAGCGCUUCUGACCUCUUGGAACUCACCCAAAUUCUUUGCGUAAUUGGCCAAAACGCGAACGGAUCUAGGGUUCUGCAGCUGUUGCAGGUGCAGCCUCGGAACGCCGACCUGCCUUCAACUCAGAUCCAGCCUCUGAAGCACCUGCUGUCCAUCAGUCUACCGAAGCCUUCAAGCAUACUGCUUCGCACAGACUCGACUGCCACAUACUCCCUCCAUGCUACCAGCGGCGCCCUGCACAUUUUGGUCGAUGGUGGCAUCAUCUCCUACGAUCUCUCAGGGACAGUACCAAACAUCAACUCUGAGCUUCUACUCAACGAAGCCAAGAUCGACUCUUUCUUGCGCAUCUCUCAAGAUGUUGUCUUUGCGACAGCUCCAGGCUCAUGCCAUGCGUUCGAUGUCAAAUAUAAUUCCCUGCAGGCCUAUUUACCGCUGGCUACUACUCUCUCUUCUGACGAUGCAGCAUCCAAGAAGCGAAAGCACGCUCAGCCAGAUACUGAGACAGCAGCUACACCACAUUUGGUAGCAUACUACGCAGAACUUGGCCUUGUCGUAGCCGUACGCGACGACGAACUCCUCGGCAUGCAGUAUGGCGGCACUAACGCGCGAAAGCGCGUUAAGACUGAAGGCACCUUACUCAUCGACGCGCUGGGCAAAGGCCUUGCCAAGCCAAAGGCUGGUGCAGAAUCAGCCAAGUGGUUAGACAGGAAAGAGAAGCUAGACCGUUACGCUUCAAAAAGCAAGAUUGCUAAGUUCGAGGGUGUUCUCGCUUCAUGCUUGGGUAUCCCAUUGGAGAAGAAGACAGACGCACAGACCAAACAAGAGAACGAGGUACAGGGCGGGCCUUUGACCAAUGGAGUAGGCCCGAGCAUACCGAAAGAGGAUGCUAAGGUCGUUGAGCAGGCCGACGAUGAGGCUGCCGAGGAUCAAUUGAGGAAGUGGAACAUUCCUUCGGCUAUUCCGGAGUCGCAACGGCAAUUACACCGUCAACACGCUCUGUAUGCGCUCAGCAAGAUCUUCGUUUUCGAAGGAACCACACUGAAGGUCGCGUUCUUCCCACCCAACGUCUUCCAGUGGCUGCUACAGAUCGGCCACCUGACCAAGGAAUCCAUCCGCCGGGCGCUCCUGGAUGAAACUCCUGAGUCCGCUCAUGUCGUACCCAAGAUUACAGAUGGCGAUAUCGUGAAAGCUAUCGUGGCUUUUGACCCAGAACUUCACCUCCUCUCCGCCGUGCUCAACCACAAGCAUUUCCUACCGAUCGGUGAAGUCGUCGAAGCCAUUCGCCUCCUUACGCAAAGUCUCGAUGACAAGCCUUCAACAUCCGAGGACACUACCAAACUGCUCACUAAUGGCACUGUCUCAGCAGAAUCGGACAUGGACGUCGACGUUGAGCUGGACGCUGCGACAACAGAAGUCGACCACGCCCUAACUGUUCUGUCCAACGGCGUCUCCAUCCGCAGCAACACUCUGCGCCCCGCGCUCACCCGCCUGCACACCUUCCCCGCGCCCCUCAUCGGCCCAACACUGCGCUCCGCCCUGCCACGACGAGACCUCGAGUCGCUGAUCCGUCUACUGCACUUCGAGCUCAAGAACGGCGGCUGGUCCUCGCAAUACGACUUCAUCGACCCCGAAGCCUCCAACGACGACAGCCCAGACGACCAUGCGGUGACCAUCAUCGCCUCGCUCCUAUCUAGCGUCCUUGACGCCAUCGGCGCAGGGGCCUGGCUAGCCGCAGUCGGCAGCCCGGCAGAUGCCGACUCCGGCAAGGACAUCAUCGAUGCCCUCCACGCCGAUUGCUCAGAGGCCCUCAACGGCUUCUGGGAAGCGCGCUACAUGCGCGGCUUGCUCGGCGAGUUUCUGCGCUACGCGGCCAACGCGCCGAAGUCGCAGAAGCCGUCUACCAAGAGCCUAGAGAACCAGGGCAAGCCAUUUGCUGUUGCAGGUGUCAAGGAGGAUGACUUGCCAAUGCUGCCGCUUGGUGGGCGUGGUGACAUGGGGAUUGAGAAGACGAAGCAGGGUAAGGGCGGCAGGCGCGAGGAGAGGAGCAAGCGCGAGAUUGGUAUGCUUAUCAGCAAGAAGGUGCCGAAGUACAGUUUCGAGAGGAUUGUGGUCUGAUUGGGCGUUGAGACUUUGCUUGCAUAUGUAAAUAGCGAAUCGAUGACCGGCAUCCGGCCUUUGCUGUUGACGUUUGUCUUGCUUGAUUUCUGGCACAGCCUUCCAGUGUUGACUUUCGAAAGUUGCGAUUAAAAAGCUUGCACACGCGUUGUAUAUUCCUGACCGCCUAUAUCUUGAGGCUCGACAAUACCAACAAAGACUUUUGGUCCGAUUAGUAAUCUCACAUAUUGGAGCGUAUAUGCUCGACAGGAAUUAUGUGCUUCCACUUUGCGGCUCAUUGGCUGCGAGAAGCGAUUGGAGUCCACAAACUCUGUGGUGCGAUUG